GGCCGUGUGCAAAAUAAGUUACAUCGUAUAUACCCGAAUUAUAAAUUAAAGAGGGCGAGAUAUUGAACGUUACACUGUUGAUGAUGGGCGGCUUCUACAUAUUGACAAUCAGCUUUGUUGUGAUUCCUCUGGUUUGGGAUAAAACCAUCGCUGCUGAUGCCCCGUGGGGUUACUUUGGUAAGAGAGGACCCAGCCACUGGAACAAUGUUAGCGCAACGUGUGAGGGCAGCCAGCAAUCUCCUAUCAACAUCCAGCCAAAACACGCCAAGGUCACGAGCUACGACAGUUUCACAAUGCACAAUUAUGACAUAACUAAUGUCACUCUCCUCCUGAAGAACACUGGUCAUACAGCCCAGAUGGAUAUCUCCGGGGCAGCUCUUAGUGUGUCGGGGGGCGGUCUGAGCGGAGAUUACACAACUGCCCAGCUGCACUUUCACUGGGGUAAAAGAAACUUUAAGGGGUCAGAGCACACGUUGGAUGGGAAAACAUUUCCCAUGGAGAUGCACAUUGUUAACUACAAGACAGCAUAUGGCACUUUACUGGACGCAGUGGAUAAGGCUGAUGGCCUCGCAGUUUGGGGCUUCUUCUUUGAGAUCGGGGACAGCAAUCAGACGGUUCUGGAUAACAUCAUCAAUGCCCUGCCUAAGAUUGUUGCAGAUGGCACAAAUACAACACUGUCACCUUUCAAGCUUGAAGACCUUCUUCCUUCCAACGUCAAGAACUUCUACCGCUAUGCUGGCAGCGUGACAUCACCAUUCUGCAAGGAAUCCGUGAUAUGGACUCUCUUCACGGACACCAUUAACAUCACUGCCGCAAAGAUGGAGGAGUUCCGGAAGCUACAAGCUGUCGAAAAGAACGACAAUAACGACUACAACAUGUAUGACAACUUCCGCCCAACACAGAGUCUUGGAAGUCGAGUCGUCUACUCCAGCUUCGAACCCAGCUUCGAACCCAACGCUGCUGAACGUCAAUACUCCCCUAUAUCAGUGUCCCUCCUCGCACUUGCAUCAUUAACUCUGUCACACAUGAUCUAGUUGUGUGAGAAACGGUAGGCGAUGUAUCCAACAUCUGUCGGUUAUGUCCCUUUAUUGCCAGGAUCCGCUAGUGGGGAUUCAAACUUUACAUCCUCUCUAUUAUAUUUCUUGGUCUGUCCACUGUUUCAUCAUCAUGUAUUAGUUUGGCCUGUCUUUCAGUUUCUAGCUGACGCUCCGUUAUUAAACUGCAGUACCGUG